AUGACCAGUUUAGUUCAAAACUCUGUUAUACCUUACAUUUUGGACUUUUAUGAGGGUAAAGGUCCAUUUUACGUUGGUCAGCCUCGUGAUAUCUGUAUAUCUGCACCCACGGGUAGUGGCAAAACAUUAUCAUAUGCUCUUCCCAUUCUUCAGCUCUUGAGCACGUGCAAAACGAAACUCAUCAGAUGCGUUGUAAUUCUGCCCGUUCGAGAUUUAGCAAAACAAGUGGCUGAAACUUUCCGAUUUCUUGCAGAAAAUACUUCAUUGAGGACUGCUCUUCUUGCUGGUGAAGAAAGCUUUACUUCAGAACAGGAGAAUAUAUUCAAGAGGUAA